AUGCCUCCCGCAGCGCCAACACCUCCUCUAAACUACACAACAUCCCCCUCCCUCCUCCCCUACACCCUUCGCUUCCACCCCUACAACAAACCACCGCCUACCUCCCCAUCAUCGUCAACGUACCCCCAAGAGGUCUUUCACACCCACCGCCUCUGCGUAGGCGCCGCAGUCCUCUCCCCCUCCUCCCAAACCACCCCCAAAAUCCUCCUCCUCCAACGCUCCGCAAGAGAAUCCGCCCUCCCCCACAAAUGGGAACUCCCCGGCGGGGCAGCGGAAUCCCUCGACUCCAACUCCCUCGCCUCCGCCGCCCGCGAACUCUGGGAAGAAACUGCCCUCCGCGCCGUGAAAUUCGCGGCGCUGGUGGGAUGUUAUCAAUGGGAGGGUGCCGGGGCCGGUGAAGAAGCGCAGGCCGUGGCUGGGGACCAGGCGUGGGGGUUAUCGAGGGGUGGGGUCGGGAUUAUCGAGGUUGGACGACGGUCUGAUGAUGCUGGGAUUUCGGAGGGUGUGGGAGAUGGGGUGAUGAAGGAUUCGCACAAGUUCUUCAAGGGACGAGAUGCGUGGAGAAAGUAUACUUACCUCGUGGAAGUUGAGGCCACUGGGACAGGGGAGGUGAAGGUUGAGAUCGAUCCCGAGGAGCACGACGAUUUCGUCUGGGCCACGGAGGAGGAGGUGCGUGCUGAUCGGUGUGGGGAGAGGGUUUUUGAGUGGACUUCGGAGCAUCAGAAGCUGGACAUCUUAAGGGCUUUUGAGAUUGCGAGGGGAAAGAAAUAG